UUGAAACGUAGAGUGCGAGAAGCAACAAAAACACCUAAUCCCUAAAAAUUGUUUCGAGAACUCACUACACUUAACCAACAAUGGCGUCAAUGGCAACAACAAUGGGUAUGAGCAUGGGCAUGACCGUAACUUCACACCUCUCAACCUCUUCUCGUCUUCUCGCUUUUCAACCAAACCUAAUCCCAACCAAACGCCCAACCAAAACUUUUUCAAUUUCAAACAAUCCUAAAACCACCGUAACCGCCUGCACCGUAACCGCCUGCACCGUAACCGCCGCAGCACCGUCACCUCAAUCUCCGAUCAACGACGACGACACCGUUAAUCUCUCUGGCUCCACUCGAACAAUAACCACGCUAUUCGGAAUUGCGGCUUUAUGUAUCAAAGCUUUUGUCAACAUUCUUCCACCGCCGGAACUAUGUUUAUCGAUUGGAACUUCGUCGUCGUCGCUGUUCUUUGCUGCAAUGAGGAAGAGUACUCAGAGCUCCCUGAACACGCCGCUGGCGGUUGUGGCGGCGGGAUUGAAGAAAUGGUUGGAUAUUUACAGUGGUGUUUUGUUGGUUAGGGUUUUGCUGAGUUGGUUCCCGAAUAUUCCGUGGGAGAGACAGCCACUUUCUGCAAUUAGGGAUCUUUGUGAUCCUUAUCUUAGUUUGUUUAGGAAUGUUGUUCCACCUGUUUUUGAUACUCUUGAUAUUAGUCCUCUUCUUGCUUUUGCUGUUUUGGGGACUCUGGCCAGUCUCCUCACUGUUCCUGUUUAGAAUUACACUCACAGGUGUGGGCUACUGAAGAAUGUUCUCAUGACUGACAAAGCAUCGUCCUAAAACGUUUUGGCAGAAUUUUGAAAAGCAGGUUCUCGAGAAGCUUAGGAUUAAGUUUGGUUUCUCUAUACAGUGUAAUUUUUCAGAUUGAUAUAUUUUUGGCAGUUAUGCAUGUGGUUAUGAAAGUAAUUGGAUUUUAAUUUCAAAUAAUUUAUGUUGUAUUUUGUUGUUGGGUUGGAUAGUUUAGUUGUAUCUUAAUUGAAAUUCCUUCGCUAUAAGCUCUGUGCAGAAUUUGCAAGCCAGUAAUCUUGCUCUUGCAUAAAUAUAAAAUACACGUUCGAUAUUGGUUAUGAAA